AUGAACCAGAACGUCUCCGUGCGGGACGGUGAUAUCUCAAGUUUGGGCUAUUUGGGAGAGGAGGAGGAAGAUUCCCUUUUCCCAAGAAAUGGCAGGGAAGGCUCUCUCGUUCCUUAUGCCAACGCGACUGUAAUAUCCCAGCUGCUGAAUCAGGCCUUAGGGAGCCACGUGAUGGAUCCCCACCUCUUUCGACCUCCCCCGAACCGUCCGCCCCGACUCCGCACCGUAGAUUCCGUGGAGGACGUCGGAAGCGGCGGGUCUCCGGGGGAAAACGGAUCCGGAUCACCGCCUCCCCGGAGCCCAGCUCCCGGCUCUCGCUUGGGAGACUCCGACUGGUUCUCCGACGGGCCCGUUCGAGCGAAGCGGGCUAGGGUGGAAACCACCGUACGAGGCGUGGGCUUCCCCCCCAGCCCCCGGCCGGAGGGCUCCCCGGGGGUCCGAGGCGGACCAUCCCUCCUCCGACCGGAGAAAGCCGGAGAGAACGAGAGAAAACGGAAGGAGCCUCGGCAGCGGAAUCGCGACGGGACCCAGUGGGCGGGAGACGGACGGGACGUUAACGGGGAGGAAAGCCACCGGUUGAAGGAACGGCUUCGGGUUUUGGAGGAGCAGCUGAAGCAGCUCCAAGAGAGAUUCUUCCCGGUCCCAAGCCCGCAAGCUACUCAAGAGGCCCGGGAUCCCGCGAAGGCGAGACACGGAAACCAUCAACCGCGCAGCGUGAGGGUGCCAGGCGGUGACCGGAGCCCCAACCUCCCCUGGAGGUGCCCUUUGGAAGAGGAAAAGCCCCAAGCCUCAGAAGAGGAAGGCGACUUUAGGUCUCCCCGGUUUCUGCCUUCUGAAGGGAGGGGCUUCUCGGAGACGCUCAAGGAAGAACUGGCCGGGGUCGUGUCCCGGGCCGUGGACUCGGUGCUCGAAAGGUUUUCCAGGUGGCCAGGCCGCUUCCCUCGCGAGCCCGAGCAGGGAAGCAGGAGUCCGUCUUGGGCUGCCGCGGGGCGCUGCGGGUGCCACCCUCAACCAGCCGACCAGAGCGGGAAGCGGGUCCCAACGGGGGCCGCGUCACUGGGGCCGCACCAGCCCGCCGGCGGCCUCGGGCCCCCGCUCGGCGUUGGGCUCGGCGUCCCCGGACCCCGCCAGGACCGUCCCUUGGCGAGGACGUCCCCCAGGCCGGGGGACCACGUGUUCUGCCAGCCGCUAGGGUCCGGCCAAAGCGGCCGCCGGGGCCUCGGCCCUCCCCGGAUCUCUUCCUCGCCCGCCGGAUCGUCGCCAGGGUCUCCGGACCGGCCUUGGGGAGCCGGUCCGCUGCCCUUGUCGGCCGGGGGCCGACGUCAGUACCCGGCGCCCUUUGCCCCGACUCAGAUGGGGCGUCCGCCUCGUCUUCCCCCAGUGAAGGUGGAGUUCGGGGUCGCCGAUCCAACACCUUCCCCUUCAGUCCACGAAGGGCUAACCCCCGGCCACCUGAAGAAAGCCAAGUUGAUGUUUUUCUUUACUCGCUACCCCAGCUCCAACAUCCUGAAAACCUAUUUCCCUGACGUCCAGUUCAACCGCUGCAUCACCUCGCAGCUCAUCAAGUGGUUCAGUAACUUUCGAGAGUUUUACUACAUCCAGAUGGAAAAAUUUGCCCGACAAGCCAUCUCGGAAGGAGUGACAAACGCCGAGAAACUGAUUGUUCCCCGGGACUCGGAGAUUUUCCGUUCCCUGAACACUCACUACAACAAGGGGAAUGACUUUGAGGUCCCCGACCGAUUUUUAGAAAUCGCCAGUUUGACGCUGCAGGAAUUCUUCGAGGCGGUCACAGCGGGGAGAGAUUCGGACCCCUCCUGGAAGAAACCCAUUUAUAAAGUCAUUUCCAAACUGGACGGUGACAUUCCAGAGAUACUGUCUUCUCCCAGCUUUUUAGCUCUGAAUUCAAAAGAAUUUUCAAUUCUCUACUCCGUUAGUGUGGCCACCCGAAAGGACAUGUUACGAAAUGUAUUGAAAGAGAGUUGA